AUGUCUCCGCCCGUGUCGCCUGAUGGCACCAACCCUGCCGAUGUGUUUGGCGACUCGAUGACGGCCGCCCAUAUGGACGACAACCCCAAUGCUGGCAUCCCCCGCCAGAAGCGUCUCGCCUGCCUCAUCUGUCGGCGACGCAAGCUCAAAUGCGAUGGCCGGAGGCCCAGCUGCAGCACGUGUUCCCGCCUCGGCCACCCCUGUUCAUAUGACGAGGUGCGCAAGAAGAGCGGACCAAAGAGAGGCUAUGUCAAGGCUCUCGAGGAGCGGCUCAAACAGGUCGAGGUGAUGCUCAAGUCGCAGGACAACAUGGCUGUCUCCGGCAGCGCUACGGCUGCAGACGCCCUCAAAGGAUAUGCUGUUGACGGCGGUCCUGGCGGCUCUGUGAAUGCUGCUUUACCCGCCGAGCGAACCCCAUCCGCCGGCGACUUCCACGUUGCCGACCCGUCUAUGGGCCUGUCCGGUGGGCGCGACAUGGAGCGGUGGCAGUUCAACGGCGAGUCACCACCACCGCGUCAGGGCUCCUUGGACGAGUUCAACUUUGGCAGUCGCAUCCCUAUGAACGACAUACAUCCCGUCGAUGGCAAUUUCACCUGGGAGAUCAUCAAUCUUGGCCUGGACGAGCCUCUACCACCACAGGAGACUAUUGACGAGCUACAUCAAGUGUAUUUCGACAAGAUCCACCCAUCGUUGCCCAUGAUCCAUAAGUACCGUUACCUCGCCGCCAUGAAUCUUGCUCCGAACCAGCGACCGCCGGUGUGUCUUCGGUACGCCAUGUGGAUGCUUGCCUGCUCUGUCACAGACAAGUACAACGAUCUCAAAGACCUCUUCUACCAGCGGGCCCGCAAGUACCUGGAGGCCGACUACGUCAAGGGCUACGGAGAACAUAUGAUCUCCGUCGCCCACUGCCAAACGCACAUUGUCCUGGCCUCGUACGAGUUCAAGAUGAUGUAUUUCCCUCGCGCAUGGCAAAGCACUGGCCAGGCUGUUCGCCUUGCCCAGAUGAUUGGGUUGCAUCGUCUGGACGGCUCCGGCCUCGAUGUCAAGCAGUGCCUGCCGCCCCCGCGCGACUGGACCGAAAAAGAGGAGCGCCGCCGGACUUUCUGGAUGGCCUACUGCGAGGACCGCUACGCAAGUAUCGGCACCGGCUGGCCCAUGAUUGUCGACGAGCGCGAUAUCACCACCUUGCUGCCUACUUCGGAGGAGGCAUUCGACAUGAGCCGGCCCGAGCCCGGCGUCUCGUUGCAGGAUGCCAUGUGCCCCUCGGGCAUCGGCCAGCUUACAUCCUUUGCUGGCAUUGUCCUGAUGGCCUGUCUGUUUGGCCGCAAUCUCACCCAUUUUCAUCGUCCGGAUGCCGACGAGCGGGAUGACGACUUGAACGGCGAGUUCUGGAAGCGCCAUCGCAACCUCGACAACAUCUUGCUCAACACCUUGUUGGGCCUUCCUGCGCAUCUCAAACUGCCAACCGGUCUUCAGAACCCCAACAUUGUAUUCACCAACAUGUCCAUCCACACCUCCACCAUCUGUCUGCACCAGGCAGCCAUUUUCAAGGCAGAGAAGAACGGCCUGGCCUCCUCUGUGAGCCCGGAAAGCAAGAUUCGCUGCAUCAACGCUGCCAAUGAGAUUGCUAGUAUCAUGCCCCGGGUGUUUGUGCAGUUUCUGAAGACGCGUCCCGACCAGAGCACGACGGUUGACUCUCUGCGCUUCUUGCUCACGGCCAUGGGUGCUUUGAAGCGGAAGAACCCACUGACCGAGUCGUUUUUGGUGCAAUUGGACGUUGACCUAGAAGCCCUGGCCGACCGCAUCCCUGAGCUGAGGACGGCCUUCCCGUCGAGCAACGAUAGCCGUAAGCAGCCUGCGUCUGGUUGCAAUGUAUUGGGACGUCAGGGAGCAUCAUGUGACGAGGGGCCAGGCGACGGCAUUCUUUCGUACCAGAAAGAGAUUUCCAAGUCUAUAACGGAGGUGAACGCAAACACAUCGAACAGCGGCACCGGCGACAUGAGCGAGGAUACGGGCACCAGAGACCGGAACUCGGGAUCGAGCUCCACAAGCACAAGCGCGAAUGGAGGUGGCAACGGAGCGGGACCACACGGCUGGCUCAAGCCAGAGCCGCGGCUGCCAACAUGCGAUCGCAGCAGCAACGGGCACUCUCCCAUGUUCCAGAUGGCUCCCGGCACGUAUCCGGACCAGGCCGGUCAGGCAAUUUCCAUGCAGGGCUAUGCCCAAGGCGACACCGGCACGGAUAGUCACGAGCUGUCAUCCACAUCGCCCAGCGACAUGCUGUCAAAUCGGCCGACGCCCAAUUCCAGCGUGGGUUCGGAGCAGAGACAGACGCUGGCACCACUGCCUCAGCCAGGGCCUAGCCACAUGCACUCGGCUGCAGGCCCAUACGACGCCAGCCCGGUGUCGCCGGCGCACGGUAUAGGAGGAAAAUCGGUCAGGGCAGGCAGGAUCACUUCCAGUUUCUAUGCGGCGGCAAGCGGAAUCCCGUCAGAGUACGGGUCGCAGCCAUCACUGUCGUCCGCGGGCCUAGACGGGAUGAUGUCCGGACCAUCAUCUGGCGAGUACACAUUGUCGGCCGGGUGGAGCUUACCGGCACAGACAGCCAUGACGCCUGUAUCAGAAGGCGUAUUGCAUACGAUCAUGCAGAUGGGACCGAUGGAGACGAUGGACCUUGGAUGGGAUGCGAAUCCAUAG